GUCCCGUCCCGUCCCGUCCCGUCCCGUCCCGUCCCGUCCCGUCUUAUCAUAUCCCGUCCUACCUCAUCCCAUCCCGUCCCGUCCUGUCCCCUCCCGUCCCGGCCCCUCCUGUCCGGCCCGCGCCAUGGGCAGCACCCUGCGGAAGAGACAGGCCGUGCGGCAGGCGCCCGGCGGCGCGCCCCCGGAGCGGCGGCGAGCGGCAGGGGGAGCCCCAAAGCUGCAAGAAGGGCAGCACAAAGCAGCAGCAGAAACUUCUCAGCCAGUAGUUUCUGCACGGGAGAAGCAAACAGAAGAUCAUGAGAGAACUUUAAAGGCACAUAAGGAAGAAGAAAAUCCUCAGAAAACAAUGGAAGUGAAUGGGCUUACGCCGCUGCCAGAUUCCUAUGACUAUGAUCUCAUUGUCAUCGGUGGAGGCUCAGGAGGUCUGGCAGCUGCCAAGGAGGCUGCCAAAUAUGAAAAGAAAGUGAUGGUGCUGGACUUUGUCACGCCUACACCUCAGGGAAACUCAUGGGGUCUUGGAGGAACAUGUGUAAAUGUGGGCUGUAUACCUAAAAAACUGAUGCACCAGGCAGCUUUACUGGGACAAGCCUUGCAAGAUUCACGCAAAUUUGGGUGGCAGUUUACAGAAGAAGUCAAGCACAACUGGAUUACCAUGACAGAAUCUGUUCAGAAUUACAUUGGUUCACUGAACUGGGGCUAUCGGGUUGCACUGAGAGACAAGAAGGUCACGUAUGAGAAUGCAUAUGGAGAAUUUGUCGGGCCACACACAAUUAAGGCAACAAACAAAAAGGGAGUUGAGAAGCUGUACACAGCUGAGAGAUUUAUCAUUGCCACUGGUGAACGACCACGCUACCUGGGUAUACCUGGAGACAAGGAAUAUUGCAUUAGCAGUGAUGACCUUUUCUCUCUGCCUUACUGUCCAGGGAGAACCCUGGUGGUUGGAGCUUCCUAUGUUGCCUUGGAGUGUGCAGGAUUUCUUGCAGGCCUUGGAUUAGAUGUGACUGUAAUGGUGAGAUCCAUUCUCUUAAGAGGAUUUGACCAGGACAUGGCAAACAGAAUUGGUGAAUAUAUGAAAGAACAUGGAGUCAACUUCAUUAGGGAGUUUGUGCCAAUCAAGGUUGAGCGGGUUGAGGAAGGAACUCCUGGAAUACUGAAAGUUACAGCCAAGUCCACAACAGGGGAUCAAAUAAUUGAAGUGGAAUAUGAUACUGUGCUGCUGGCAAUUGGACGAGAUCCAUGCACAAGAAAAAUUGGUUUGGACAAAGUCGGAGUGAAUAUCAAUGAAAAAACGGGAAAAAUUCCUGUCAAUGAUGAGGAGCAGACAAAUGUUCCAUAUAUCUAUGCUGUUGGAGAUAUCCUGCAGGACAAGCUGGAACUCACACCAGUGGCAAUCCAGGCAGGAAGGCUAUUAGUUCGGAGGCUUUAUGCUGGGGCAACCACUAAGUGUGACUAUUUGAAUGUUCCAACUACUGUAUUUACUCCUUUGGAGUAUGGAGCCUGUGGGUAUUCUGAAGAGACCGCAGUGGAGAAAUUUGGGGAGGAAAACAUUGAGGUGUACCAUAAUAAUUUCUGGCCCCUGGAGUGGACUGUGCCAUCCAGAGAUAACAACAAAUGCUAUGCAAAGAUAAUUUGCAAUAUUCAAGAUAACGAGAGAGUCAUUGGCUUCCAUGUCCUUGGUCCAAAUGCUGGAGAAGUCACCCAAGGGUUUGCAGCUGCUAUUAAAUGUGGGUUGACAAAAGAACAGCUGGACAGCACCGUAGGAAUUCAUCCUGUCUGUGCAGAGGUAUUCACCACCCUGUCUGUGACUAAGCGUUCUGGUGGAAACACCGCUGUGAGUGGAUGCUGAGGUUAAAUUCCCCCAUCCUUGCUAUUGCCAGAGACUGACUUUCAUCACAGCGUCUGACUCCUGCAGUUCAGAAGAUUUUGGGAGAAGUCACCCUUGGACACUUGCUGAAAUGUGUAGAGCUUAACCUGGACAUUUCAUUAUCCUAAGGAGAAGAGCUCUGUGGGAGUUGGUCACUUGUGGUGCCUGGACGGCAAUUAGCAAUGCAAUGGGAAUCUUGACUGUUGAGUUGCUGAUUAGCAGGGCAUUUAAUAAAUGCCUUCAUGAAGUCAUAGCCUGAAGCCUGCAUUGUCUGGUGGGCAGUGAUGGAAGAACUGCUAGCACAGCUGGAAAACAACUGUUUUGGUUUGGCUUUAUUCCUCUCUAGUUUCUUUCCUGAACAUUCCUUUCUAGUUCUUUUCAGAACAAAGAACUUCCCAACUCAGGAAAAUUCCCCCCAGGUUCAGGUAGUUGUAUCAGAUAAAAUAGCUCCUGAGUGCUGGAUCAUGACACAGCAAAUGCAAGGUCUCCUCAUAAGCUUGCAUUUUACCAGCUCACAUGCCUAUGGAGGGCCAGUUCUACUUGUUUGAUCAUGAGGAAGAAAAUAGCCUUGGAAAAAAGUUUAGUACCACCUAAAAUAACAUAUUUCUUACCUUCCAAACUGACUCUGCUGUGACUUUUUAUUUAGAGAGCCUUAUUUGUGAAAACAUUUUUCUCAAUGAGAAAGGAAAAUAAUUUAUGAAGGCCUUUUGAUACAGAAUGUUGUUGUGUUUCUUCCCUGAAAUCAUGCAUAUAAUGCAGAUGUGAUGAUCUUAGCUCUUCCUGAAACUUAUGUGAUUAUAAUGAAUCUGAUUUGCAGCUGACAGAAUUCCAAUGUUGAUUGAAUUGUCCUUCCAAGAACUCUGUGCAACUUCAUUAAAUUCGAGUAAAUUUCUUUCCAGGUGAGCUGUCAUAAGCUGCACGGUUUCAGGUCUAAACUGGCCACUUUGAACACUAAAGUAUUGAGAUUUCCUGGAGAUUAGUGAGCCCUUAGAAUGAAAAAAAAUUACACAACCAAACAACACCCCCCCAAAACAACUAUCCAAACAAACCCUCCAGCCAAACUCCAAAAACCAGUAGUGAAAAAUCUGUUGUCUAGAUAGGGUCUAAAAGUUCUAUGUGUGCUAUGUUUUAUAUUUAAUUAAGAAAACAAUACUUUUAAAACAGAAGUUUCAUUGAAAAUACCAGAUUAUUGAAUAUCCCUCCUGUGUUGGAUAAGCUGCAUGUUUACUUGUCAAGAAAUGGCAAAAGUGGCUCUUUGUAAUGGAGAUUAAUGUGGUUUUUUGAUCUGUUUUUGCAUUUCCCUCUCUUUUAGCAGAAAGCUUUGGAUUACUUUUAUUAAAUGCUUCUUGGGAGUUCAGUAGUGCAGUGUGAACAGGGGGUGAAUUCCCCAGCCCUGUGGGCAGAAUGCCUCAUGCCUAAAUUCCUACCUGGUAACAAAUUCUUGUAUUUCCACUGAGAUUUCUAACGUAGUGUUGUACGUUAUUUUUAUAAACCCAUACAUAACUGAAGGAUUUUUAAACGUGUUUUGUAUGGUAUCUUGAAGGGUCUCUGAUGGUAUUUUUCUGACCAGUUUAAUAACUAAAUCGAUUUGCACAAGCAGAUGCUGCUUGUGAUGCCUCUUCCAAGCAGACACCAGUUGAUAGCAAGGUGACUGUUUUUUCAAGGGCCAGAAUAGGGCAUGGUGAUAAACCCAGGUUGAUUUGCCUUUGUCUCUUGCAUUUUGAAGGUAGAUAUUUCUCUUAAAAACAGGGUUUGAGGCUGUUUCAUGAGCAUUUGUUUUGCAUGUGAAUAUUUCAGAAGGACAUACCUAAAAAUAAAAGAGAAUUAAGAAACAAAUCUUACACUAUUUGCACCAGCUGCCAUCCAUAUAAUUUCUGAAAACCCAGGAGUGCCGGUUCCUGAGCUGCUGAGCAGUGUCCCUGCUCAUAUUUAAGUGCAUGGAUAGCAGCAUUUUCAAGCAGGUGUCUAAGAAAGGUUCUGGAGAUCUUUUUUUCGUGGAGGGAAUAAAGAUAUGUAUGAGCUUGGCUUUGCAAGGCUGGACCUACACAUAUCUAUUCUUGGGUCAUGUAAUCAUUUAUGAUACAUGUUUCUACACUAAUAGCUUACAGUUCAGUAGGUGUUGGGCUUAAUUAAUUCUAUUUUUACUUCAAAUUUAAAAUUAUGAGACUUUUUUGGUAGAGUUUUUUCUAUUAAUCCUCCACAAGGAAGACAUUUUCACAUGUGUAUUUAUGUCAUCUGUGCAUGAUGAUACAAGUAUAUAAUAUAUUAUCACAUAAGGAUUUAUUAAACGCCAAAGCUAAGUAUUCAGUGUUUUUGGUCAAAUUAAACAUACUUGGGGUAUUGCCUGCUUUAGAAGCACAUACUAGAAAAUUUACUAAGCUAAUCAGUAUUUAUGUUCUGCUCAUAUUGAUUUGUAAUUAACGUUUUUGAAUGCUCUUACAUGAGGGUUAAAAUAAUCCUCAGAUACUACAGAUACAAAUGGUGACAGGAAAUUUCACAGAUUUGAAUUGGGAAUUUAAUCUAGUUUCACUGACAGCUCUCAGAAUUUUUUCCUUUUUGUUGCUUUUUUUCCUUUUUUUUUUUUUAAACUCCUCUACCCCAGCUGUUCAUUCUCCUUUUACCCCUCUCCCCUUGGUGUGAGUCGUCGGAGCAAUCCUAACCUUUCUGUAAGUUUUGUAUUCCAACUUGCAUCCCACCUUACCUCCUUUGAGCCUUGCUGCCUGCCCAGAGCCCCAGUGCAGGAGGCUCCCUUGCUGUGGAGCUGUAGGCUGGUCAGUACCUAUGCCUGACAUGGUGGAUUUUCUGGAGAUGCCAUGGAUGCUGGAGAUUUCAUGACAGGGUAGGUGUCUUGCUGUGCCAUGUGGGAUGACCUUGCACUCAUAAAGCCUGUUACUGAUCCUGUCUCUGGCUGUGACAGAAGGAACCAGAUGGCUGAGUCUUUUAUACAAGACUUAAUAGACACCUUUCAGGUCAAAAUAGGGUAUAAAUAUUUGUGGUAACCGUCAGGCCUGCAGAGAGUGACUAUUCAGAAGCCCUUUCUCUUCGAUGACUGGUUUUUCUGAUUGCUCAGUUGUCCUCAGUGUAAAUUGAGCUCUGCCUUUUCACUUGCUUUCAAAAAUAAAUAGUAACACAUUUAGCCUGAA